AUGAGGGAUGCGCCUCUCUCGGGCUCCCGACGGAGGCUUGUCCAUCUCGCCUGGAUGUGCCUGGUCUCCUCCGUGCCGCACAGUGGAGCCAAGGUGCUGGAAAGGACCUUUGAGGAGUGGAUGARGUACCGUGACGAGUGCCUGAGGAGGAUGGCGAGCGAGCCCUACCCCACAGGGCUUUUCUGCAACCGCACGUUUGACAUGUAUGCCUGCUGGCCGGACGGGAGCCCCGGCACCGCCGUCAACGUCUCCUGCCCUUUCUACCUGCCCUGGUUUGAGAAAGUGAAACACGGGCAGGUGAGCCGCAAGUGCGGGCCGGACGGGCAGUGGGUGAUGGUGAACGGCAGCCAGCCCUGGCGGGACUACUCGCAAUGCGAGGAGGAGGUGGAGUCCACCAUGGAGGAGGAGGGCGCCCGCAGGCUCAUGGUGAGCUUCAAGGUGCUCUACACGGUGGGGUACUCRCUGUCGCUGCUCACCCUCGUCUCUGCCCUGCUCGUCCUCACCAUCUUCAGGAAGCUCCGCUGCACCAGGAACUACAUCCACGCCAACCUGUUCGCCUCCUUCGGGCUGCGGGCCACCUCCGUGAUCGUCAAGGACGCGCUGCUGGAGAGGCACUGGGGCAUGGAGGUGGCGCGGGUGGCUGACUGGGAGGCCCUGCUGAGCAAYGAGGCGGCCAUCGGCUGCCGCGCGGCGCAGGUGCUCAUGCAGUACUGCAUCCUGGCCAACCACUACUGGUUCCUGGUYGAGGCUGUCUACCUGUACAAGCUGCUGAUCGGCGCAGUCUUCUCCGAGAGGAAUUACUACCGGCUCUACCUCUACCUGGGCUGGGGCACUCCCGUGGUGUUCGUGGUGCCCUGGAUGGCCGCCAAGUACCUGAAGGAAAAUGCCGAGUGCUGGGCGCUGAAUGAGAACAUGGCCUAYUGGUGGAUCAUCCGCAUCCCCAUCCUUCUGGCAUCCCUGAUCAACCUGCUGAUCUUCAUGCGGAUCCUCAAGGUGAUUCUGGCCAAGCUCCGUGCCAACCAGAAGGGCUACGCAGACUACAAGCUGCGGUUGGCCAAAGCCACGCUGACCCUCAUCCCCCUCUUUGGGAUCCACGAGGUGGUCUUCAUCUUUGCCACCGAUGAGCAAACCACAGGCAUCCUGCGCUACAUCAAGGUCUUCUUCACCCUCUUCCUCAACUCCUUCCAGGGCUUCCUGGUGGCAGUGCUAUAUUGUUUUGCCAAUAAAGAGGUAAAGUCAGAAAUGAAGAAGAAGUGGCAGCUGUGGAAGCUCGACCACCCAGCACUCUGCUGUACMCAGUGAUGGCAGCACAGCUGUGGCAACCUGCCCCAGAGAGGACACAGGGGCUGCAAGUGUCAUGACCACCAAUGCACGAGUUGCCCUGGAGCUUGCUCUGGUACUGCACCUCUGUCUGCCGAAGGGCACACAGGGGAACUUGCAUCCCAGCUGUGCCAGGGACCUGGAAGCAGGGCACAAGCCCUAAAGGAAGCCAYAGCAGCGCCUAUCAGGAAUGGCUGGGCUGGGAGCAGCUUCCAAAGCUGCACUGCAGUUAAGGGCAGUGCAGGAGAUUCCCUCGGCUGCAGUCGGGACCUAGAUGGACACGCUUGGCUCUUACAAGGCACUGCCAUCUCCUCAGAAAAAAUCACYUUGCUUGGGCUUCAGCACAGAGCAGGUAAACUACACAGGGAGGUCAGCCUGCUCAUUUCUACACUGCCUGACCAUACAGCAUCACAAACUACCUCCGUUGGCACUGCCAGGUCUGCACACAGGAGCCCCUGCCCCAUCCACACUGAUGUCUUGGGCAUCUGCAGCAAUGGAGUCACAGCAGCAGGAGAUGGAGCCUGGCCAGCAGCAGAGGGUAGGACCAGGGAGAUACUGCAGUGCUGCUUGGUCCUGACAUUCCUGCACAGCAUCUGCAGCACCAUUCUGAUUAGCAAAUAUCUCCUGCUGCCACUGCUUUCAGAGCUGGAGAGGUGAAGUGUCCUGAGCUGUGCCAAGCAAUGUUGUGAUCCAGGGCAUCACGUUCCUGCUCUCCUUGCCUGAAGCUAAGACCAUAUUGCUAGUGCCAUGAACUGUCUAUUCUAGAGAAAAGCCUCCUGCAAAGUUCCUGC